AUGAGCUCAAAGCAAGAAGAGCAAAACCAAGGUAAUUACAUUAAGAAAUCUUUAGUUCGUAAGUCUCAAAGGCAAAAGAAAAUGACAGAAAACUUUAAAGAAAUGCUAUAAGAGAUCAAAGAAUAAAAACCAUCUGGCAAGAAAUCAGAUUAAAAGUAGGAGAAGUAUUAGUAAAAGAAAGUAUAGGAAUAAAAGAAAGUGUAUGAAUAUGGUUUUAUGACUGAUUGGGUAAACUGCAUCUAUCCGCAUGAUAAUGGAUAAACUUUCGAUCUCUAAAUUUAAUUCUGUGUUUUAAAGCCCAAAAAACCAGCUAUAAAAAAACAAAAAAAGGAAUAAACUGAAGAGGGAAUAAUGUCUCUAAUACAAAACUUAUUGACGAAUCUUAGUUAGAAUCAAGAACAAGUGAAAAUUUAAAAUGAUUCUCAAAUUUAAAGGGUUUAAACAACAAAUGAAGGCAUAAUAGUAUACCAUCCGUAUUUUAAGAAAAUCGAAUAUCUAAGCAAGAAACCAUAGCAGAUUGAUAGGAUUGAACCAACUCCUGAGCUAGAAAUCUUACAGCAGAAGUUUGAAUCCAUUAAAAAGACAUUUAGACCUUUAAUACUUAUAUGA